CACAAUCACAACCAUGUCUGCUUAUUUAGGUAUUUAAAUACAACCCCUGUUGCUGGUCUGCCGCAUUUCCUGCUGUGCGAGACUUCUGUGUUUCCAGAGGCCCACCUUCUGUCCUCAAGAUCCUCCAUUGUAAUCCAUUGCCAAUACACUAUGAUAAACUCUGAAUAUAUUCCGAAAUGUCACAUCACAAAUUCCAACGGUCUUUUUCCAAAGAAAAAUGGAAAAGUCCAGCCUACAUCCAUCUUGCUAUCUUCUAGUGUCUUGAAGCCAACUAAUGCAGUAAACAAAAGCAGUCAACAGAAAUUUGAGACUUUGCAUAUAACACACCAAGACAACAUCACUACAAUAACAAUGAAUCGACCACAAAGGAAAAAUGCUUUUAGUCUUCAGAUGUUCAAUGAGCUUGAAUUAGCACUAGAUGAUGCUGCAGCAGAUAAUUCUGUUUUCACUGUUCUAACAGGAGCUGGUGAUUAUUUCACUAGUGGAAAUGAUCUUAAUAAUGCUCUCCAGAAUCCUUCAGAGAUUAAAGAGGAAAAAUUUGACCUAAGGCGAUUCGUUCGUAAAUUCAUUGAUUUUCCUAAACCUCUCGUUGCUGUUGUAAAUGGGCCUGCAAUUGGCAUCGGUGCUACUAUUCUCGGAUUGAUGGAUCUUGUCUAUGCCUCCGAUAAGGCCAGUUUUAACACUCCUUUUAUCAAACUAGGCCUGUGUCCUGAGGCCUGCUCUUCUUACACAUUCCCCAAGAUAAUGGGCUUUACCAAAGCUACAGAGGUACUUCUUUUCAACAAGAUAUUGACUGCACAAGAAGCUUGUGACCUUGGACUGGUUACUGAAGUUUUCCCAGGCAGCACUUUCCAGCAAGAUGUUCGGGCAAGAUUGAAGGAUUAUGCCAGCCUCCCCAAAAAUUCUCUUGCCUUCUCCAAACAAUUGAUUCGUGGAUUGGAAAAGGAGAAACUCUAUGCUGUUUGUGAUGCAGAGUGUGACCUUCUUGCUAAAAUGGUGACUUCAGAGGAGGCCAUGAAUGCAAUCAUUCAGUUUUUCCAGAAAAAAGCCAGGCUGUAAAUAUGUGAAUAGUUAAAAAUAUUUCUUUUAAAAAAAAAAAAAAAUUUAAACUAAUUUUUCACUAAAAUACAUACAAAUAAAAACAAGCGACAUUUCAUGUAUGUGCACAUUUAAAUUUCUAAGUUGGAGGUGCAUGUCUUUACAGAACAUAUAUUCAUAUGUUUUGGUCUGUAAAAAAAGAAAUAAUACAAUUAAACAAGAAUAUGUGUUUAUGAUUUUAUCAUUUCAUUGUUUUGGACAAUUCUACACGUUUAUAUGUGUAGGUUUUAGUGUUCAGAGAAUUUACUGAUUUAAAUGUGCUGCGAUUUAUGUGCUGUUGUACUUCAUUGCCUAGCAAGAUAGAGUAAAUGCAUGAAUACUCAUGCAUGCCAGUACACUUUGCAGAGAUAUAGGUCUGUAAACUCUGUAAACUCUUCAAAUUUGCUACAUUAGUUGAUACAUUUCUUAUUGUUGGACUUGCUGAGUAUAAUCACUCAGUUUCAUUCAAGUUCACUCUUACAAUUAAUAGAACAGUUGCUAACGUUCCACAGAUUUAUCCUUUGGAAAGGAUAAUUGAAAUCAGGCCUUAACUGUAAUUAUGUAGUUAAUUAUUAUGGUUAAUGAAAAAAUAAUUACAGUCCCAUUUUAGUGUGUUACCUUCCUUACUAAACUUUAAUUUAUGGUAUCAUUAACAAAUAAAAUGAAACUUACUUUUAAAAAAAA